AUGUCCUCUGUUCCUUUGAGGGGCUCUCUGGAGAGGCAAAGCGCCGCCAGUGGAGCUGAGCCCGCAGACCUGCCUUCUGAUUGGCUGCCCGGCCGUGGCUGGGCUAUAAAAGAGACCCCUACAGGCUUGGGAGCUAGAGGCUCCGAGGAUUCUGGCCGCAUCUUUGCUAGCAGAAGCUACUGUGCUCAAAAUAGAAACCAGCACUCCUUCUGCUGCCUUUCUGUCCUCGCUGCGAAUCCCACGUUAAACACGAUGUGCAAAGGGCUUGCAGGUCUGCCGGCUUCCUGCCUGAGGAGUGCAAAGGAUAUGAAACACCGGCUGGGGUUCCUGCUGCAAAAGUCUGAUUCCUGUGAACACAGCUCUUCACACAGCAAGAAGGACAAAGUUGUCACUUGCCAGAGGGUGAGCCAAGAAGAAGUCAAGAAAUGGGCUGAAUCACUGGAAAACCUGAUCAGCCAUGAAUGUGGCCUGGCAGCUUUCAAAGCUUUCCUGAAGUCAGAAUACAGUGAGGAGAAUAUUGACUUCUGGAUCAGCUGUGAGGAGUACAAGAAAAUCAAGUCACCUUCUAAACUAAGUCCCAAGGCCAAGAAGAUCUACAAUGAAUUCAUCUCAGUGCAAGCAACGAAAGAGGUGAACCUAGAUUCUUGCACAAGGGAGGAGACAAGCCGCAACAUGUUAGAGCCCACGAUAACUUGUUUUGACGAAGCCCAGAAGAAGAUUUUCAAUCUGAUGGAAAAGGAUUCCUACCGCCGCUUCCUCAAGUCUCGAUUCUAUCUCGACUUGACCAGUCCUUCUAGCUGCGGGGUAGAGAAGCAGAAAGCAGCCAAGAGUUCUGCAGACUGUGCCUCCCUAUUCCCUCAGUGUGCCUAA